AUGUCGGCCCCGCAAGUCGAAAUGGCGGCAGCCAAGGCCGGCGAGGUGGCUCCGAUCCAAGCCGCGCCGGCCGUGCCCAGCGAGAGAAACUCGGCUCAGCUCGACGACGAGAAACCCGCGCCGGCUCCACAGCCCGCCGAGGCCGGCAUCCGACGCUGGUUCCACUGGCACGAGCCCGGCACCUCGGCCGAGGAGAAGAGGCUCAUCUUCAAGCUCGACUGGUUCCUGCUGAGCUACUCGUGCCUGUGCUUCUUCAUCAAGUGGCUCGACUCGAACAACGUCACCAACGCCUACGCCUCCGGCAUGGCCGAGGAGCUUGGCUUCGGCGCCGGCAACGAGCUCUCCUGGAUGAACACGUACUUCACCAUCGGAAACCUCGUCGGCGCCUCCUUUGCCAACCUCAUCAUCACCGUCAUCCGGCCGCGCUUCUGGCUGCCGUUCUGCCUCACUGUCUGGUCCAUCUUUGUGCUCUUCUUGUACAAGUGCCAGACUGCGCCGCAGUUCUACGCUCUGCGCUUCUGCAUUGGUCUCUUCGAGUCGGCCGCCUGGCCUGGCAUCACUUGGACUCUCGGCUGCUGGUACCGCAAGAGUGAGCUGUCGCGCCGCUCAGCCCUGUUCGUCGUGUCCGGUGUUCUCGGUCAGAUGUUCUCUGGCUAUCUUCAGGCAGCGCUGUACUCUGGCAUGGAGGGAAAGGGCGGCAUGUCGGCCUGGAGGUGGUUGUUUAUCUUUGACUUUAUCCUGGCCGUCCCUGUUGCCAUCUACGGAAUUUUCUGCCAUCCUGACACACCGCACAGCACCGGUGCUUGGUACCUGAACGAGUGGGAGCGCCAGCGCGCGCGCGAGCGCAUCGAAGAGGAGGGCCGCAAGCCCGUCGGCAAGAUGGACCUCACCGUCAUCCGGCGCAUCUUCCUCUCGUGGCAGGUGUACGCCUUCACCAUCGCCUACUCGCUCUGGACCCUCACCGUCGGCUCCUACGUCAUGCAGUACUUCACCCUCUACCUCAAGUCGACAAAGUGGUACACCAUCCCGCAGAUCAACAACAUCCCCACCUCCAUCGGCGCCGUCAACUUUGUCGUCAUGCUGGCGACGGGCUUCGUCUCGGACAAGAUCGGCCGCCGCGGGCCCGUGUGCCUCGCCGUCGGCGCCCUGCUGACAUUCAACUACAUCGUCCUGACGGUCUGGAAUGUGCCGCACGGCCUGCGCAUGGCCGUCUUCAUCCUCUGCGGCUGCUAUGGCUGCUUCACGCCGCUGCUCGCCGGCUGGGCCAACGAGGCCUGCGGCGGCGACCAGCAGAAGCGCGCGUUCGUCCUGGGCUUCAUGACCUCGGUCGGCGGCGCCGUCGUCAUCCCCUUCCAGCAGAUCCAGUUCGCCAGCUCGCAGGCGCCCAGGUUCGCCAAGACGCACGGCUGGGCCAGCGCACUCGUCUUCGUCAUCGCCCUAACGCUAUGGACCGGUUUCGGCAUCCCGCUCUGGCAGAAGUGGGCCGAGAAGCGAGUGCAGGUCGAUGAUGAGGACGAGGAGAGGGCGAGGGACUAG